CUCUCUGGGUUUUUCACCAGGUUUCAAUUCUACGAAUUCAUCUACAUCCGUAUACAGAGAGACUCAGUGGACGUUCUGGACUUAUUUUGUGUUAGCUUGAUCAGCCAUCAUGGUUAAAAUGAGCUUACGCGCACUUUGCCAAAUCGGACUGGACUUUUUCGAGUUUCUAGACGAGACCAAUCGAACGUCCAUAACGGACAGGCUCCAGCUGAGAGACAUUUAUAAUGACGAGUUCCGGAGAAGGACCCCAGGAACCAAAGAUCCAAACUUUGGUUCAGUGCUUCACGCUCUCAAAGUGUGUAAUAAAAUAACCAGACGGAAAGACAACAUACGCUUCACACCAGCGGUCAGAGAUCAGUACCUGGACCAGUGGCACACACCCAGGACCCAUCAGCCUCAACCCACCUGGAGCAGGCGGGCGAGCCUUGAGCCCGGACUUGACUUCAGCUCUGCAGACGACGCAGAGACAGGAGUCAGAGCUCGGAGGAAGCUGGCCAGUAAUCUGAUGAGCAAACUGAGAGUGGAAGGAUAUCUCUCCAUGUUGAUCACUGAUAAACACGGAAUCAGUAUCACUGCGGACUCUCCUUUCGAGAAUGGCAAACUGGUCCUGUGUGUACAAAACACAUUGGAGUAUGUGGUCAAGCUGAAUGUGAAAAACACUGGAUCUCAGUCUGUGUAUUUCACCUACUAUACUCCGCUGCACUGGCUCCGGUACCUUAGUCUGUCUGAUGAAAAAAGCGUAACCAAGCGGAGUCCCUUGUUUCUGAAUCCAGGUGACAGCUAUGAAAUAGAGGUCCGCUUCCGCUGUGAACUGGUCGGUUUUUUCCCGGCUACGCUGGCAUUUGAAUUCAAACCAGACCUGGAACCCACCACCACUGCUUUCCACAUUGUGCGCAUCAUCGAGGCCCAGUGCAUAACUUCGUUAGGACUGGAGCUCGCUCCCGUGGCUCCCUACAAGCCUCGCUCCCUCCCAGCGUUCACCCCUGACCUUAUGUGCAACAUCAUUGACGGGCUGCCACCAGAGGGGCUCUCUGUUAUGCAGCUGAGAUAUGUGGUUGAGUUAAAACAGUAUCGUAUUCCACCGUACAUGGACCAGCUCAUCAGUCAGCUGAAGCAGCGCUAUGUCUUCAGUGAGAAAAAGAAGGUUUUGGAGAGUCCUUUGAGUUGGGAGAAUUACACCGAGAAGUUCCAGACGCUGCUGUACCUGGAGGAACUUCAGAUGGAGUUCGACAUCAGGAGAUACAACAUUCCAAACGAAGGCACAGAGUUCGCUCAGCUAAAAAGAGACACACACAACCCAAGACUUCUUGUUCUGGAGGUGCCCGGUGUCUCCGAGAACCGUCCCUCUGUGCUGCGGGGGGAUUCGCUGCUGGUGUACCCCCAGGGAGAAAAGGAAGUGAAGUAUCGUGGUUAUGUGCACAGCGUGCAGCUGGACAGCGUCAAACUGGGCUUCGCCUCGGAAUUGCUGAAUCGAUACAUGAAGGGUAAAGACUUCAGCUUGAUUGAAGGGAUAAAGUUCAACGUUGAGUUCAACUUCAACCGCCUGACUGUGCGUCUCCAGCACAGAGCUGCAGAAUUCGCAAGGACCCACAAACUGAGCAGUGUGUUGUUUCCUGCUGCACCCCCGACGCCACGCGAGAAACCCGACCUCCCCACACUCAAACUGUUUGAUUAUCAGCUGGAGAAAAACCCAGAGCAGUAUCAAGCUGUGCAGCACAUUGUUGCCGGUUCCUCCAGACCUGCGCCGUAUCUUGUGUUUGGCCCACCAGGAACAGGUAAAACUGUCACUUUGGUGGAGGCCAUCAAGCAGAUCGAGAAGACCCAGACGUUCUGCCACAUCCUGGCCUGCGCUCCCUCCAACAGCGCCGCUGAUCUGUUGUGCAGCAAGAUUCGCGUGCAUGUAGACGAGCACAAAGUCUACCGAGUGUACGCCAGCAGCCGGGACCCAAAACUCGUCCCUGAGCACCUGAAGGGUUGCUCUAACCUCCUAGGAGAUUCUUAUAUUUUUCCUGCAAAAGAGGAGCUGAUGGAGUUUAAAAUUAUUGUCACCACCCUGCUAACUGCUGGAAGGUUUGUGUCAGGUGACAUUCGUCCUGGACAUUUCACUCACAUUUUUGUGGACGAGGCUGGACACGCCGUGGAGACGGAGUGUUUGGUCCCCCUGGCAGGAUUGCUAAACUCUGAGACUGGACAGCUUGUCCUAGCUGGAGACCCCAAGCAGCUUGGACCCAUCCUCAGGUCUCCUUUUGCUCUGAAAUACGAAAUGGGGAUGUCCCUCUUGGAGCGCUUGAUGACCAAUUUCCCUCUUUACCUGAAGAAUGACGGCGUCUACGACAACUGCUACGUGACCAAGCUGCUGCGCAACUACAGGUCGCAUCCUGCCAUUCUCAAGAUUCCCAAUGAGCUCUUCUACGAAGGAGAGCUGCAGGCGUGUGCCGAGGAGUAUUCACGCAACUUCUACUGCAGAUGGGAACACCUUCCAAAGCCGGGCUUCCCAGUGAUUUUUCAUGGGGUUGCUGGUAUUGAUACUCGUGAAUCCACCAGCCCUUCGUUCUUCAAUGUUGCUGAAGUGGAGGUGUUAAUGGACUACGUGAGAAAACUGCUGCAGUCGCAAGGGAAGAAAGGGGUGGCUAAAAUUGCUCCCAAAGACAUAGGCAUCAUCGCCCCCUACAGGAAGCAGGUUCAGAAAAUCCGACAAGCCUUGGAAAAAGUUGGGAAGGACUUAAAAUGUAAAGACAUGAGCAAUCUGAAGGUUGGUUCAGUGGAGGAGUUCCAAGGCCAGGAGAGGAGAGUAAUCCUGGUGUCCGCUGUUAGAAGCAGUCCCAACUACAUGGACUUUGACAAAAAGUUCAGCCUGGGCUUCAUCAAGAAUGAGAAGAGGUUCAACGUGGCUGUGACUCGAGCCAAAGCUCUGCUGAUCGUGGUGGGAAACCCCCUGAUGUUGAGCGCAGACCGUAUCUGGGCCAGCUUCAUCGAGUACUGCAAGGAUGAGGGAGGCUACAGCGGUUUCUCGCAUGCUGAGGAAGACGAGGAGAUGAUCGUGACCAAACUGUCUGAACUCUUCAUCAGCAUCAAGGCUGAAAUUCAGUCUACUGAGAGUGUUGUUCAACAGCAACUGGAUCCCGAGUGGAGGAAUGACAUGUGAGCAGCAGGGAGAGAGAGACGACUACCUGGGAAACUUGAAGAACAUCAAUGCAUUACAAAUGUCCAGGAUAAAAAUUACUGUGCAAUAUUGAUCAGAAACAAUGUCAGCAUUCAAGUGAUAUUAUCCAGAAGCAUAUUUUGAAGAUCAACAUUUAGCCAAAGACAAGAGGACAGAGGAAUUGUACCAAUAAGAGCUCAACUGCUAACCACUGCAAAGAUGAGCUUCUGAUUACAUCAUGACGACGACUAAAGAGUUGCAUGAAAUUCAGGGACUUUCUCAGGUUUGAUCUGUUUAACUUAAUCACUGUUUUUUUUAAAUUGAGAAAAUUUUUGUCAAAUCACUGUUGAACUUUUAAAAAAACCUAUAUUUACUAAAUUAACUUGAUGCACUGUGUUUAAUAAAAAGUACUAUGUGAAACAUGAAA